AUGGGGCCCCCGGGCAAUAGGGGAUCAUGGGGCCCCUUUGUCCUUGCCCAAACUCAAAAAAGCCUAUGAAAAAGGUACCGGGGCAUCUCAUGGGGCCCCCAACUGACCCCGGGCGCUCGGGCAGUGCCCGAGUUUCCAAAUGGUCAGUCCGCCCCUGGCACUACCCAUACCAAUUUAUAUUUCAGAAAAUGAGAAGCAGAGUUUCAUCAGGUGUUCUAAUUUGUCUAAGAGUUUUAUAUUUGUCAGUUGUUUUAUGAUUUUCAUUUUGAAAAAAAAAAAUACAUUUUGAACAAGUUUUUUUUUUUUAUUCUGAUUAUUGAAGUU